AUGACCGACUUUAAACCCCCAGCUGAAGAGAGACCUGACUUAACUAUCCCUACUCAAGAGCCUGAUCCGGUCUUGAUCGUUGUCAUGGGUCCUGCAUCAUGUGGUAAAUCAACCGUAGGAACCGACCUCGCCAACGCCCUCUCAAUCCCAUUCAUAGAUGGUGAUUCCCUCCAUCCAGCAUCGAACAUUCAGAAAAUGACGAAUGGUAUUCCCCUAACGGAUGACGAUAGACUUCCAUGGCUUGCGCUGAUCCGUUCGACCGCCGAGAGGAAAUGUAAAGAAGAAUGGGAGAAGCAUCAAGGUGAUUUCAGCCAGUUUGAGGAACACGGAAUAGGUAGAGCGGGGAUAGUGAUUGCCUGUUCGGCGUUGAAGAAGUGGUAUAGGGAUAUAUUGAGGGGUGAGGUUGAGGCUAGACCUCCUCCGGAAGAUGAUUUGCCACCAUCCCACUCAGUCGCCAACCCAGAACACAAAGUCUCUCACCCAGCCACCACAGCCCUUCGGACCUAUUUCGUGUACUGCGAAGGAUCACCUGAACUCCUCGCUCAGAGGAUCGCUUCACGUAAAUCUCACUUUAUGGGAAGUUCAAUGUUAGCCUCUCAAUUGGCUACGUUGGAGGAUCCAAAGGGUGAAGAGGGAGUCGUGGCCGUUGAUAUCUCUUUGAGUCCCGAGGAGGUGGCUAAACAGGCUGUUCAGAAGGUCAGGAAGUUGUUUGGGUAUGAGUAG